UUCAAAAAAUAAAGAGUAACGUUACGAUUUCGUAGCCCCAGUCUCCAGAUUCGGAUCCCAACCUUGACCCGAGGCAAAAGUAAAAAAGAUCGCCCUCAGGCCAGAAUCACUCUCUCUGUUCCAUUUCAACUCCGAGAAAGCAAAAUAGGAAAGAACAGGUGCUUUGCAAUUUCAAGAAGCAAAGAGUGGUUGGGUUUUCCAUGGAGGAUUGUUCAAGAACUCACGAGUUGCAUGACCUCAACUUGGCUUCAAGAAAAGCUGAAGAAGCAGCUUGGAGGCGAUACCAAGCUGUCAGUUGGCUGCAGAGCUUGGUCGGCCCGCUCGGCAUAUCAAACCAGCCUUCGGAGAGGGCAUUCAUUUCUUGCUUGAGAAAUGGUCUGGUCCUAUGCAAUGCCAUCAACAAGAUUAACCCAGGAUCAGUGCCCAAGGUCGUGGAGAAUCAAUCACAUUUACAAUCAGUCACCUGGGAAUCUCAGUCAUUGCCUGCCUAUCAGUACUUUGAGAAUGUGCGGAACUUUUUGGUGGCUGUGGAAGAGCUGAAGCUGCCUGCUUUUGAAGCAUCUGAUCUUGAAAGGGAUGCAUUGGAGGCCGGAUCCGUGUCCAAGGUUGUUGAUUGCAUAUUGGCGCUUAAAUCGUAUCAUGAAUGGAAACAGAUGGGCAGCGGGAAUGGGUCUUACAGAAGUGCAAAAUCUCCUUUGGUCAAGCAUUCUGCCAGCAGAAUGAACACGGGCAACUUUGGUCAUGCCUUAACAGCAAUUUCAUCAGACUCCUCCAGGCGGUUAGAUAUGUCUGCAGCAUGUGAGAAACAGCCACCUGUUGAGGGUGCCAAUCAGAAACUUGAAGGGGCUAUUGUAAAGUUACUUGCUGACUGCAUGGUUGACUCAAAGGAAAACAUUGAUGACAACUUCAUUGCUUCCUUCCGGGACAGAAACCUGGUAACAAUAAGGGCAUUGGAUCCAGUAAAGCUAUUAGGCAGAAUUGUCUCAAGUUGUUUGGAAGGAAAGGUUCAGAACAAGAUCCCCAAGAUGCAAAUGAAGAUAAAAGAUUUAUUCGAAGAAAGAAGUAGCUCACCUCCCCAAUCAACAUUUAAGCCUUUGGAGGAUAUAUCUGCACUUGAAAACUUCAAGGGACCCAGCUCUCACUUGAGAAAAGGUAACUGCAACCACAGGCAUCUAUUUAAAAUGCAAGAAAAGGAGCUUUUGGAUCUCAAGGCCCUUUGGUCAUCAACAAAAAAGGAGUUUGAAUACUUGCAGUCCCAGUUGCAGAGGGAUUUGAAAGACCUGGAAUAUCGGGUACAGGAAAUGUCUUCUGCUGCUAGUGGAUAUUAUAGAGUCGUGAAGGAGAACAGAAAUUUGUACAACAUGGUUCAGGAUUUGAAAGGGAAUAUUCGAGUAUACUGCAGGAUUAGGCCCUCCUUUAGUCCAGAAACCAAAAACAUGAUAGAUUUUAUUGGAGAAGAUGGCACGCUUGUGAUCGUAGAUCCAUUAAAGCCCCAAAAAGAGGGAAAGAAAGUUUUUCAGUUUAACAGGGUCUUUAGUCCCACCGCUACCCAAGAUGAAGUUUUUAAGGACACACAACCAUUAAUUCGGUCUGUAAUGGAUGGUUACAAUGUAUGCAUUUUUGCUUAUGGUCAAACUGGAUCUGGAAAAACACAUACCAUGAGUGGCCCUCCAGGUGGGUCGAUGAAAGACAGAGGGAUCAAUUAUCUUGCUCUGAACUAUCUCUUCCAGUUGUCUAAUAAAAGAAAAGACGUGAUAAAUUAUGACAUUCAUGUCCAGAUGGUUGAAAUAUAUAAUGAACAAGUACGCGACCUUCUUGCAGAAGAUUCAUCAACUACCAAGUUAGAAAUUCGGAGCUGUACUAGCGAUAAUGGCUUUUGUCUUCCCAAUGCUACUAUGCGGACUGUUAAGUCCACCACUGAGGUUCUGAACCUAAUGAAAUUUGGUGAGGUGAAUCGAGCUGUCAGUUCUACUGCAAUUAACAACCGAAGUAGUCGUUCUCACAGUGUUCUCACAGUUCAUGUGCAUGGAGAAGAUAUAUCCGGAAACAUUCUUCGUAGUUGCCUGCAUUUGGUAGACCUUGCAGGAAGUGAACGAGUGGACAAAUCUGAAGUUACAGGAGACAGGCUCAAGGAGGCACAGUAUAUUAACAAGUCUCUUUCUUGUCUAGGAGAUGUUAUUAUGGCCUUGGCUCAGAAAAACUCACACAUCCCUUACCGAAACAGCAAACUCACACUGCUCUUGCAAGAUUCCUUAGGUGGACAUGCUAAAACGUUAAUGUUUGCUCAUGUGAGUCCGGAAGAAGAUUCUUUUGGUGAAACAGUCAGCACUCUAAAGUUUGCUCAGAGGGUCUCGACUGUUGAACUCGGAGCUGCUCGUCCAAACAGGGAGAGCAGAGACGUUAUGCAACUUAAGGAACAGAUUGAGAGCCUAAAGAAGGCCUUGGCAAACAAGGAAGCUCAGAGUAUGCAGUUAAACAAAACAAAGGAGCUGAAAUCUCCCUGUGAGAAACCAAGAGCAGUGGCUGAGAGAACUCCUCCACGUCCUCGAAGACUGAGCAUUGAGAAUUGUAGCACAAAAACUGAGAAACAAAUGAAUAUUGAAGAUAGGAAGGGAACCGCUUCUGUGCCAACUCGUUCAAGAAGGUUGAGUUUGGAAGGUCCAUAUGUUAAGAAGGAUAAUUUGCAGAUAAAAGUGUCAGAUGAUGGAACAAAGCCUCUAUCAUCUGAGACAGUGUCGGCGCAGAAGUACAGGCACAUUCAAGAUGCAGAUGCGGUCACAAAGCUUUACGGGCAUUUUAGCAAUGGAGGUUCCUUGGCAAUGAAUGUAUCUCAUGCUAAGGCUCCCCGCCAAAGUCCUACUAGUACUAACUAUCAGAAGCGAUUCCUAAAAACAGAUGGUAGAACACAAAUUCCUACUCUUCAGCUACCAAAGACACCUGAACCAACAAUACUCACCAGAAAUGAGGCUCAGGUUGUUGUGAUACAAGGUGAGCUCAGUCUUUCUAAAGAGUCCCAGACCCCCAACUUGAUUAGUAGCACGAAUGGUAAAGGGUCUCAAAUAAGGAGAUCACUGAGGACGAUUGGAAAGCUGAUAAAUGGCUCUGAGAAGAGGAACCAGCAGAACCUGAUGGAACCACGGUCACCAAUCAAAGGUGCAGCUGAUAUAAACGAGGUAAAGACACCAAUGACAGCUAAUGGUAGGAUUCAGAGGCGGCAAUCCCUAACCGGCAUUCAAGCAUCAGGAUCUGACAAGUCACGAAGAUCUUCUCUUGGAGGGAAGCCAACUGACUCUAAUGCAAAAGAUGAUAGGAAUGCCAAGACACCUCCACCAGUCCACCCAUCAACAAAGACUAUGAAGCGUUGGUUAUAGACAGCAUGACAUUAGGUGCAGAUGAUUGCAGUGGUGCUUUGACUCAAAGCAUGCUGACAUGCUGACAAUUGAGCUACAACACACGUAAACCUGGAAUAGAUUUCAGGUGUCUGAUCGAGUGAUCGGAAUAUUUAACAUACUGUCCAUGUUUAAAGGGAGCAGAAUAAUAUCAGAUGGGGCGAACUGUC